CAACAGAACAGCAGAGAGAGACACACAGGCUUUAAAGCUCUUCAUCAAAAACUUUACAUUUUCCUAAUUUUGUGAUUUUUAUCACAAGUGAACACACACUGACCAUGGAGCAGUUUGCUGCCCCUAAAGGUAGAAAGAGGUGCAGGGAGGCUGAUGUUGAAGAGUCACCCAGCAAAAGACACCAUGCUGAGGAAGGACAGCGACUCUCACCAGCCGACACUGCAGAAACGGCUUUGGUCAAUGAGCCAUCCACCCCGGUGACCCCUGGUUACAAACUUAAAUACCCUAAAGUGGUGAUGCUGUCUCAGAAGCGGAUGUACAUGAGAGUGUACAAGGAAAUAUCUAAAGAGUACUGUGUCCUUCAUGCACGUGUCGAUGGCCUUGAAACAUGCAGCCAUCUGCAACCAAGACCAAGAAUGUUUCAGAAAGUGCAUGAGGGCACCCAAGCAGACAAGAACUUGCUUGAACAGAACCUGAAUCAAACUAACCUGAGACAGCGCCUCUUUUACUUACACCACAAGCUCUCUCACAUCAAGAGGCUUUGUGAUGAAUUUGACUACUGGAGGAGGAAGCAAUUAAAGACCAAAGCCAAAAGAAGCCAGGACAGAAACAAUCCUGGACAUUUUUAAUCUUACUUUACACCUUCUUUACACCACCUUAUUUUAUUCACUUCCCUUUCUGUCCCCUUUUUAGCUUUUCUAAAAUGUUCUUCCCUCCAAAUUAUAUUUAAAUUAUAUUUGUUAAAUCUCCCUUAGUCAUACUAUAUUUUACUAUGUGAGUACAACAGUACCAAACCAUGCAGGUGUAAAUGCACAAAUACACAUACAGUCUCUAAUAGCUACAGCACACCCCCCAAAUAAACAUAAAGUCAUCAAUGUUUGUAGUAUGACAUUUAAAAUUAUAUCUAAAUAAAACAAAUUUAAAACACGCCCCAUAAUGCAGUGCACAAAUACACUUCACAUCCUUUAGUAUUUGUACUUUAAAUUCUUAAUAUAAAUAUGUAUAAAUUUGCAGCUACAAAACGUUUAAUGCCAUUUUAGAGAGUAUAUUAGUUUAUUUCUAAAGUUGUAUUUUCUGUUUUUUGUAGAUAGUGCUCUUCUUGUUCCUCUGUUGUGACCCUGAACAUGCUGGAGUAAUUAGCUAUUUCUGGUAAAUAGAUGGUUACUCUGUCUCUUACCCGACUAGUUAGCUUGUUAUUCAGGUUGGCUAGUUGGCCUAAGCGGGCCUUGUGCUUGCCCUAACCCAAUAACAAAGGAACAAGAAGAUCUACAGUGUCCACUAUCUACAAAAAACAGACAAAUCUGUAUUCAGUUGUUUAAAUUUUAUUGUUUAAGUAUUAACAUAUUUGGCCUAUGUUACUGUUAAAGACUGUAUGUGUAUCUUUGCAUUUACACCUGCAUUGUGAUACUGUUUUACUUACAUUUUUAGCAUAUGCCACUUUACUGUUUUAUAUUUUAACACGAAAUACUUUUAAGCUCCCAUGAUUGGAGUCACUCAGAUUGAUAAGAGAGAUAAUUAUUCUGCCCAACCCAAUUUAACAGAAAUUAUGAUUUUUUUUGUCUAAUUUUUCUCAUUGUUUACAUUUAAACCCACCGUCCCCAGCAGUAGGACAAAUGCUCUACAUCUUUCUUACCUCACUCUUGACCAUUUUUUCCUGUUCCCUGAACUAAAACAACUAAAUAUCAACUAAAUAAAACAUCAGUGCAUUGAAAA